AUGAAAAAAGCUUUACUUCUAUUCGAUGUGGACGGCACAUUAACACCGGCGCGGCAGAAAAUUCAAAGGGAGGUACAUGACUAUUUGACGAAUGUACGAAAGCGGGUACCAUUAGCUGUUGUUGGAGGAUCGGAUCUCGCAAAAAUUGUUGAGCAGUUAGCUGAUAGUAAAGAAGAAUUACUGUCCCGAUACGAUUAUGUAUUUUCGGAAAAUGGUCUUGUUGGUUUCAAAGGAAAAGAGCAAUUUCCCGGCAGGACCAUACAAGAUUUUAUCGGUGAAGAAAAGCUUCAAAAGCUGAUAAAUUUUACGCUGAAGUACUUCUCUGAAAUCACACUACCCGUAAAACGAGGAAAUUUUGUUGAAUUCAGAAAGGGUAUGCUUAAUCUGUCUCCGAUUGGUCGAAGUUGUAGUCAAGCAGAGCGUGAUCAAUUUGUCAUUUAUGACAGUGAGCACAGAGUUCGAGAAAAGUUUGUGAAAGCAUUGCUUCAAAAUUUUUCGGAUUAUGGACUUAACUGUGUCAUAGGAGGCCAAAUAAGUGUGGAUGUAUUUCCACAUGGAUGGGAUAAGACAUACUGUCUGCAGUACGUUGAAAAGGACUUCGAUGUCAUACACUUUUUUGGCGACAAGACAAUGCCGGGAGGAAAUGACCACGCAAUAUUCGAAGAUCCCAGAACGAUAGGGCAUAGCGUAACCAACCCAGCUGACACCAUGCUGCAAGUCGAGCAGGUCUUGAAAGAGUUGCAAAUACCUGAGAACUAGUUUUUUUUAAUUUAUCUAUUUAUUUAAUGCUAUAUAAUCUGUUUCAUGGGACUGGCUUUAUGAUUAUCUCUACGUGCCUAUUUUAUACAUCUUGCUGUAAUACUUGAGCGUUUCAAAGUAAUCUCGUAGGCCAAAUCUUUUACUUCCAUUUUGAGAAACACGCCCGUUCAUUCCAUUUUUUGAGGUUUUAUCAUAUCAUCUGUGAUAGAGACUAGUUGAACGAAUCAAUGAGAACAAGUCGGAGGUAUUAUCAUUUUGAUGAACUAUUAGUUCAGUAAUCACUUGAUUUUUUUUUAUUUAACAUUCCUGUUGAACACGCUAGAGCCUUGAUAAAGAUGAUUUCAUG